AAAGGGUAGCUCUAGCCUCGAUUUGAAAGUGGUGAUGUCGGACAAAAUUCCCAGAGAUCAAUGAAAAAUAUCAAAGAUAUUUUAAUUUAAAACUUACAUUCAUUCAUAGUAAAUAUUACAACAACAAGUAGGUAGAAUAAUGUCUAAGGCACCAGAUACAUUGUUGCUAAUUUCGCCACCGACAGAAUUACGAUUUAGAGGUCCAUUCACGGAUGUAGUUACCUCAGAAUUACACCUGAAGAACCCGACAAAGGAUAAAAUAUGUUUCAAAAUCAAAACCACAGCCCCUAGAAGAUACUGUGUGAGGCCUAACAGCGGUGUACUGGGAGCUGAAGAUGAUAUUACAGUCAGUGUGAUGCUGCAACCAUUUGAUUAUGAUCCCCAAGAGAAGAACAAGCAUAAGUUUAUGGUACAAGCAAUGGUGGCGCCACAAGGCGAAUUUGAUCAAGAAGCGGUUUGGAAAGAUAAGACACCAGGGUCAUUGAUGGAGAACAAACUAAGAUGUGUUUUUGAGAUGCCAGCAUCUGUAGCUGCUCCAACAACUACCCCAGCAGCCCAGCCACAAGAACGCACCAGUGCCAAAUUGAGCCCGAAACCAGCACAUCAGACAAGUGCUGCAAAGCCAGCAAGUGCAACCAGCAGAGAUACUGAUGACGUAAAGCGUCUUCAACAGGAAGUUGCCAGUUUACAGCAACAAAUUUCAAAGCUUGAGAAGGAAAAGGAGGACGGUUUAAGAAGGCGUAAUGUACAAUCAGAGGGUCUGCGACCAUCUAAUCAACAGCCAGUCAUCACGGAAACGAAAGUGGAUUCAACGAUGCCGAUUCUUUAUAUGGUUAUCGCUCUUAUUGUAGGUUUGAUCUGUGGUAAAUUUGUCUUCUAGAAUCGACCACUACACCCCACUGAUAGUUAAUACAAUUUUAAACUAACAGCUAUCUAUUGCUGUACAGGGAAAGGGGAAAACUUCAGCAGUGCUAAAGAGAGCAUAUUUCACGCUCUAUAUUCUACUCAUGAAAUGAUAAAUGAAUGUAGCAUUUAAAAAUCUUCCAACUGUCGUUUGCAAAUAUGUCCUACUCAAAACAGAGUUUAGUAAAGACACAAAUCAGAGCACAGCUAAAUUGUCGGGAAGUAAUAAAUAAACUAUAAAUAGAAUAUAUGUAUGUUUUAAUGAAAGGGCUUGAUGUCUUAAUUUGCACGGUGGUUCCCUCUGCACAUAUGUUGUUACAAUAAGUUUUUUUGCAAAGAUGGUACCUGCUGUAUUACCAUGAUGUUUUAAAGUUAUCUAUUAAUGAGAUAUAGAAAUUCCAAGAUGAAUUACUAUUGUGUCUCUUAGAAGGAAUGUUUAAUUUGUAUGAGGUGUACAAUUUCUGUGGAAAGGAUAAAAAAAUAAAUCUGUUUUCUUUUAAGAAUGAUAUUCAUGAAUUUCCUUUAAAAUCUGAUAAAGACAUAUAUAGUCAAGAAACAAUAGCAAAACAAAAGGUGAUUUUAGAACAUAAUUAAUCCAUCAAAAUACUGUUUCACUUGAUGUAAGUAAAUAAUUGAACAAUUAAAAAUGGUCAUCUGUAAAUAAGAAGAUAGCAAUCUACAAAUCUAAACGAUAUUAAUUGGAUAAUUCCUUAUUUUACUUUUCUUUUAUCAAGCAAUGUGCACCAACAAUUUAAUUUACACUGAGAAAUAUUGCAUGAUCUCUUUAAAUUUGUCUAUAUUAUAUUAUUAUAAUAAAUGUAAAAUACAGUAACUAUCAUAAUCUUCUAUAUUAAUUGUAUUACAAUGACAAGAUUCACUAUGAUCUUUUAUUGGAAAUGUUUUACUAGGCCUAAAAUUUAUCAACACUAUUGUAUAAACAUAAUCUUUUAAAUGAUUUUCAUUGUCAUACAUAUUUAUAAUUUCACAACUAUAUAAAGUAUACUAUUGUUCCUUGUCGAUUAAUAAUGGGACUGAACUAAAUUUAUAUAUAUUUAUUAAGAACUUACUGUUGACUAUUACAAAUUCCUUUAAUUUGCCCUUCUUAUGAUGAAGAUGCCGAAUAAUACUGUGGUUGAUUUGCUUCAAAGUUUUUGGGUUGUUUUUUUUUCCACAUAGUCAUCUUGGUUUCUCUAGCAUGAUGAGGAAAAUAACUUGUGUUGAUGUGCUGUAAACGUUCCAAAAAGCGCCUCUCUUAAAUUCUCACCACUGCUCCAAAUGUGAUUAUUUUUACUUAGCAGCGCUCUCAUAUAAGUGCUGUAAUGUUUGUUAGAGAUAUAGUUUGAAUAAACAUUGCAAAAAAAAAUUCCCAUACACAACACAUGGUAUCUUCUUUAGCGCUACAAUAAUUUGUAAUAAAAGCUGUAUUGAAACCUCCUAAAUUGUUAGCACCGUUGCGCUCAUUGGAACUUUUAUGGUAGAUACUAGACCAUGUAAAUUGACGUUAAAAUAUCUGAUGAUAUGCAAGGAAAUUUGAUUUCUUGAUUGCUUAGAAACUUUAUACAUCAUUAGAAGUGCAACAGUUUUUAAUUUUUUUUACUUACAAAUUGUAUCCUGGCAUCAUCAUACAAUAUAUUUAUAGAUUUGUGAGAUUAUUUAAAUUGCAUUUUGGAGUUACUUUACCAGUAGAAUCUAGAAUCUGUUAUGAAUAACCAAGGUCACUCAUUUUACAACGGUUGAGAUUCUAUUGCCUUUUUCAUACUAAUUCUCACCUCAUGUUAAAGUUGUUUCUGACUUUCUAAAGCUGGGCACUUACUCUGUUGUACGACCAUCGGCCAACGACUCCAACUUCUCCCCAGUGAGCGCUAGACUACGGACACUUGUCUGCUGAUUGUAGUUGCCAGUCUGAAUGAGUCAUCAUAAAAAGUUAUCAGUAGCGUGCGUUGUGGCGUUGUGUUCUCCAUAGAAUAAGCAUUGGCCGUCGGCCGCAGUGAGUGUCCAGUUAUAGUUAAAAAUAUGUUGAGAGAAAAUGAAGAUAAGCAUGUGAUUAUAAUCCUUAUCUGCAAUGUUUCUGCAGUUCUCAUAAUUAGGGUGUCUCCUGUACCGGUAUUGUAUCAUAACCUCAUUAUUGCCAGCAACAUGUAUAAAGAUGGUGAAUAUGGCAUUUUUUCGAACAAACUGAAGCUUACACGUGCUAUUGUUAAGCAAGCUGUAUAGAUUUCAUUAAAAUCAGAAGUGGAUAUGUUUAAACCAGUGUGAUAUGUCAAUACAUUAACCAAUAGGAAUUGUUAUUGUGAAUAUAACACAAAGAGAUUGUACAUUUGUCAAGGUAUUAGUAUAAAUGAAGAGAUACUGUAAUGUUCAAGUUUACAAAACCAAAUCUAUGUUUGCUGUCAAUGCUGUACAUUGCAUAGUAAAAUGUUCUCUGAAGCAAGGUAAACUGUUA